AGAAAACUAGAUUUUAAGGUUCAAACAAUGAAUUUAGGUCUCAACUUCAUCCCUCGGUUACUUCUUCUACUCUCGCUUCUCGUCGCGUCGAUUUCACUGACGGCAUCUCAACCCAAGGGCGACAUCAAGCCGGCCCCGCCGUCUGAUUCCGAUCUAUGCAACGGCGUGUUCGUCUCGUACACUCACACGAAAGGAUCUAAGAUCCCUCCUAACGACUCGACCAAUCAGCCGUACCGGUUCGAAUCCGUGGUUGCGGUGCUCAACCACGGCCGCGACGAGCUCAAAGCAUGGCGCGUCUUCGUCAAAUUCGCCCACCGCGAGAUCCUCGUGUCCGCUUCCAACGCCGUGCUCUCCGACGGCUCGAGCCUUCCCGUGGGCGUCGGAAAUGGCACCGAGUUCGCCGGUUACCCCUCGUCGGAUUUGAAGUCGGCUAUUCAGACGGCGGGUGACGUCACCCAGAUGCAAGCGCUUGUCGAGCUCGUCGGGACGCAGUUUGGAGUGGCGCCGCCGAAUGUUCCGCUUCCGACGAACAUCACUCUCGUUACUGAUGGAUGGAAGUGUCCCAAAGCCACCCAAAAAGGUAAAAAUGUUCUGCAAGUAUGUUGCAUGCCGGACCCAGACUAUAAUAUCACAGAUGUCAUUGAUAAAGAGUUCCUUCCCCGACAGAGCGGAGAUCUGACCAUCAUGUACGAUGUGACCAGAUCAUAUGCAGAUAAUUACAUUGCGCAAGUCACGAUGGAGAACAAUAACCCGCUUGGCCGUCUGGAUAACUGGAAACUGAGCUUUGACUGGAUGAGGGACGAGUUCAUCGACAGCAUGAAAGGUGCUUACCCGAGUCUUGUCGAUUCAUCGGACUGUAUCGAUGGACCACAGGCCAAGUACUAUCAGGGACUCGACUUUUCCAACGUGUUGAGCUGUGCAAGACGACCAACCAUCAUAGAUCUCCCUCCUACGAAAUACAACGACUCCGCGUACGGAUUUAAACCAUUCUGCUGCAGAAACGGGACGAUCCUGCCCCGGUCUAUGGAUCCCAGCAAGUCUAUCUCAGCUUUCGAGAUGAAAGUGAACAAAAUGCCUCCGGAUCUUAACAUCUCUGCUCUUACACCGCCUCAGAACUGGCGUAUCAACGGUACGAUUAACCCGGAUUACAAGUGUGGACCUCCCGUUCGAGUGAGCCCGAGCCAGUUCGUCGAUCCUAGUGGAUUACCUUCGAACCGGACAGCUUUCGCGAGCUGGCAGGUGGUAUGCAACAUCACACAACCAAAAGACGUGAGUCCUAGAUGCUGUGUAUCGUACUCUGCCUACUUCAACGACUCGGUCGUCCCGUGCAAGACCUGCGCUUGUGGAUGUGCCAGCAACAGUGCGGCUAGAACGUGCAGCGCAACAUCCCCGGCUCUUCUAAUACCCCCGCAAGCUCUUCUUGUUCCGUUUGAGAACCGAACUAUACUCACCGUUCAAUGGUCUGCUAUAAAACACCAGCCCGUGCCAAACCCAAUGCCUUGUGGGGAUAACUGUGGAGUGAGCAUCAAUUGGCAUCUGGCUACAGACUACAGAGGCGGAUGGACCGCACGGAUCACAAUCUUCAACUGGGGAGAAACGAACUUGGCAGAUUGGUUUACAGCUAUUCAGCUGAAAAACGCUGCACCAGGUUUCGAGAAAGCCUACUCGUUCAACGGGACUACACUCGGCAUCAACGGUGAGAACAACACUAUUUUCAUGGAAGGUCUUCCCGGGCUGAACUAUCUCGUAGCGGAAAGAGACGGGGUCGAUCCGUUAAAGAACCCUCGGGUUCCAGGGAAACAACAGUCUGUUAUCUCCUUCACCAAGAAACUGACUCCUGGGAUCAAUGUCCGUGGCGGAGACGGCUUCCCGAGCAAAGUGUUCUUCAACGGUGAGGAGUGCUCUCUCCCAUCUAUACUCCCAUCGAGCAACAGCCACCAAUGGAGACACGUCUCUGCUCUCCUCAUGGCAUUACCGGUUUUGGCUCUCUUGUUUCUGCGUGUGUAG